AUGCGUCCCGGGGCGCCGGGGCCACUGUGGCCGCUGCCCUGGGGGGCCCUGGCGUGGGCCGUGGGCUUCGUUGGCUCCGUGGGCUCUGGGGACCCCGCGCCCGGUGGUGUCUGCUGGCUCCAGCAGGGCCGAGAGGCCACCUGCAGCCUGGUGCUGAGGACGGACGUGAGCCAGGCUGAGUGCUGUGCGUCUGGUAACAUCGACACCGCCUGGUCCAACUUCACGCACCCGGGGAACAAGAUCAGCCUCCUGGGCUUCCUGGGCCUCGUCCACUGCCUCCCCUGCAAAGAUUCGUGCGAGGGCGUGGCGUGCGGCCCAGGCAAGGCCUGCCGCAUGCUGGGGGGCCGUCCGCGCUGCGAGUGCGCGCCUGACUGCUCGGGGCUCCCAGCGCGCCUUCAGGUCUGCGGCUCGGACGGCGCCACCUACCGCGACGAGUGCGAAUUGCGCGCCGCGCGCUGCCGCGGCCACCCAGACCUGCGCGUCAUGUACCGGGGCCGCUGCCGCAAAUCGUGCGCGCACGUUGUGUGCCUGCGGCCGCAGUCAUGCGUGGUGGACCAGACCGGCAGCGCGCACUGCGUGGUGUGCCGCGCGGCGCCCUGCCCCGCGCCCUCCAGCCCCGGCCAGGAGCUCUGUGGCAACAACAACGUCACCUACAUGUCCUCGUGCCACCUCCGCCAGGCCACCUGCUUCCUGGGCCGCUCCAUCGGCGUGCGCCACCCGGGCAGUUGUGCAGGCACCCCCGAGCCGCUAGAUGCUGAGUCGGAGGAGGACGAGGAGAACUUUGUGUGAGCCUGAGGGACCGGCCUGGGCCUGGCGUUCAAGGCAGCCCCGUUUUAUUUAUUGCCACAGCAGAGUCUAAUUUAUGUCCCACGGACACUCCUCAGAGCCUGGACCGGGACCAUUUUGGGAGCCCUGUUGCCCCCCGACGAUACCUUGGAAGGACUGGGGGAAGGAGGCCUGGGAGCAGGGCUGGUGGGUGGGGUGCCACCCCAGACCUAGGUACCCUACUGCCCAGGAGGACCCCACUCUUCUCCUUCCUCGGGGAUAACUCUAUUCAUUGUCGCUGCCACCGAGAGGGCUGGGGACUUCCUGCCAGCAACUAAUGAAGAGGCACCCUGGCCUCUAUUGAUAGAACAGGGACCAUGGGGUGAGAGGGGGUCCACGGCCUGGGUGUGUAGAGAUGAGCCUCAGAACAUGCCCAGACCCCAGACAGGCCAAGGAAGCAACCACUGUCCCCCACCAGCCCCAGGGUAACCAAGGGGCUUACCUUCCCUCUCCCUCCAGCUCCCAGUGUGUUCUGUGAAGGCCCCUGAGAAAAGCCCAGCUUGUCCCCAGGGACAGGGUGCCAUCUGGGCCUCUGGACACAGGACUUGGGCAUGGAGAGGCUGUAUCUGCCCAGAACAGGGCACCAUGUCUGGUGGGACCCGGCCCACUUAGGGUGGGACCCGGUGGGGUCCCUGCUCACCCACUGGCCCAGGACGGAGAAUAGACACCAAGACCCACUGCACACCUGGCAUCCUGGAGCCGUGUGUCUGAGGGGCACCCCACUGCCUGCUGCCCCGUGCAAAAGUGAGGUCCAGACCCGGGACCCUCUUUCCCCCGCAUCCUGCCCUGGCCACGCCUCUAAGCCCUGUUCCCAGCUGAGCCCCCCCUGCCUGCCAGCCGGGUUCCCUCCAUCUUCCUGGGCUGUUGCUCUUUGUCACCUCCCUGUGCCUGUGUGUAGACUGGAGGUUCAGACCAGGGUGGGGGCCCAGCGGGGCAGGAGCCCAGCUCCCCGAGUUUGGAGCGAGGAGCACAGGGCAGUGGGGCUCGUCCGUGUCCUUCCCAGCCUCCAGGAAGUGCCUUACCUGUGACACCUGGAAAAGUGCCCUUGAGCAGUGGGUUCGCCCGAGCCCCCGACAAGGCAACCUCCCCCGCCCUGGGGUCCUGCCUCGCCUGCCAAAG